GCCAGUUUUCAUCUAUUUCAGCGCUCACUAAUGGGAGCCGAGGCUCAGCCAUCAUCAUUAACCGAGAAAAUUCCAUUAGGUGCCAUCUUUGAACAAGGAACAGAUGAGGUUCAGUCGGCCUUCAAAUAUGCCAUGUUAAAUCACAAUCUAAAUGUAUCCUCGCGGCGCUUCGAAUUGCAGGCCUACGUGGAUGUCAUUAACACAGCGGAUGCAUUUAAGCUAUCGCGUUUAAUAUGCAAUCAAUUUUCACGAGGCGUUUACUCAAUGUUGGGCGCCGUUUCGCCGGAUUCUUUUGACACCCUGCAUUCGUACAGCAACACAUUUCAAAUGCCAUUUGUGACGCCCUGGUUUCCGGAAAAAGUGCUUACACCAUCAUCCGGUUUUCUCGACUUUGCCAUUAGUAUGCGUCCGGACUAUCAUCAGGCAAUCAUCGAUACAAUACAAUUUUACGGUUGGCGUAAAAUAAUUUAUCUGUAUGAUUCCCACGAUGGUCUUUUGCGGUUGCAACAAAUCUACCAGGGCUUAAAGCCCGGAAAUGAAUCAUUUCAAGUUGAGAUGGUUAAGCGCAUUGCCAAUGUUACCAUGGCCAUUGACUUCCUGCACACACUGGAGGAAUUGAGUCGUUUCACCAACAAAUACAUUGUGCUCGAUUGUCCAACGGAAAUGGCCAAAGAGAUUCUAAUCCAACAUGUACGGGACAUAUCGUUGGGUCGCCGCACAUAUCACUAUUUGCUCAGUGGUUUGGUAAUGGAUGAUCGCUGGGAAAGUGAAAUAAUUGAAUUCGGUGCCAUCAACAUAACUGGCUUCCGUUUGGUCGAUACAAAUCGCCGUUUGGUCAAGGAUUUCUAUGAUAGCUGGAAACGAUUGGAUCCGACAGUGUCAACUGGAGCCGGCAGAGAUUCAAUAUCGGCCCAGGCAGCCCUUAUGUACGAUGCGGUGUUUGUUUUGGUGGAGGCCUUUAAUAAAAUCUUACGCAAAAAACCCGAUCAAUUUCGAAACAAUAUCCGUCGCGGCCAGACAGUUAUGACGGCAGCUUCCACAUCUGCUAAUGCUUCAGGCUUGUCAAAUUCUGGCGGUCUUAUGGCUGGCUCACAGAAUGGUGGAGGUGGCGGUGGAAUGGGCGGCGGAGGUAGUGGUGGUGGCGGCAGUGCUUCACGUCCAUUGGACUGUAACACUGGCAAGGGUUGGGUUACCCCCUGGGAGCAUGGUGAUAAAAUUUCACGCUAUUUGAGAAAGGUGGAAAUUGAAGGUCUGACCGGUGACAUAAAAUUCAACGAUGAUGGGAGACGUGUUAACUAUACCCUGCAUGUCGUCGAAAUGACCGUUAACAGUGCCAUGGUCAAGGUGGCCGAAUGGAGUGAUGAGGCUGGCCUCCAACCACUGUCGGCAAAAUAUGUACGCCUGAAGCCCCAUGCCGAAAUAGAGAAAAAUCGUACUUACAUUGUGACGACAGUACUGGAAGAGCCCUACAUAAUGGAGAAGCGACCCAUUGGUGGUGAGACCUUGGUGGGCAAUGAUCGCUUUGAAGGCUAUUGUAAAGACUUGGCUGAUUUGUUGGCCAAAAGGCUUGGCAUUAAUUAUGAAAUGCGUUUGGUUAAGGAUAAUUUAUAUGGUUCAGAAAAUCCCAAAAUCCAAGGUGGUUGGGAUGGCAUGGUGGGCGAACUGGUGCGAAGGGAAGCGGAUAUUGCCAUCGCUGCCAUGACAAUUACUGCCGAACGUGAACGUGUCAUUGAUUUCAGCAAACCAUUUAUGUCGCUGGGCAUCUCAAUUAUGAUUAAAAAACCAGUCAAACAAACACCGGGCGUAUUCAGUUUUAUGAAUCCUUUGUCGCAGGAAAUCUGGGUGAGCGUAAUAUUCAGCUACAUUGGUGUCAGCAUUGUUCUAUUCUUUGUAUCGAGAUUUUCACCAUACGAAUGGCGGAUUGUUCAAUAUCCAGCAGAAAACCAUGCUCAUCAUGACCAACUUGCCAAUCAACAACCACCGGGUAUCAUUGGCGGUGUACCAGUACCCGGUCCGAUGCCAGCCGUAACGCCAGGUGCCACGGGGGUGGUAGGCGGCCCCGCUAUACCACCAGCAUCCGCAGCUGUCAAUGAUUUUAGCAUUUUAAAUUCGUUUUGGUUUUCAUUGGCCGCCUUUAUGCAGCAGGGUUGUGACAUAUCACCGCGUUCAAUAUCUGGUCGUAUUGUUGGUGCCGUAUGGUGGUUCUUUACCCUCAUACUCAUCUCAUCGUAUACAGCCAAUUUGGCAGCUUUUCUUACGGUCGAACGAAUGGUUACACCAAUAAAUUCCCCCGAGGAUUUGGCUAUGCAAACAGAAGUUCAAUAUGGUACACUGUUGCAUGGUUCGACGUGGGAUUUCUUUCGGGUGAGUAAUAUUAAAUAG